UCGUAAAAUAUAAAUCUAAAAUUUUGAAAAUUUUUAUUAAAAAUGUGCAGUCCGAGCUGUAAGACUUGCAAGGUUCCACCAGGAUGUAAGCGAUGUCCACCCUCGUGCUGCAGCCCAGGGAUUAGCUACUGCAUUUUUGAUCUUGAGAGUGCCGUGUUUGACACCCGUCACGUCUACAAGAGGGCCCUAAUUGAGCUGGCUUCCAGCUAUAAUAGAGUAAUACCCGAACUGGUUCUGAUCCAAUGUGGACCAAUGGAAACGGCUGAGAUGGCGGAGUUGGUCUGCCGAAAGUGUGAUCUUCCUGUUAGUUGGGAGACUUUUCGGUUUCAGCUUAAUGAACGCACCUCCGAUUUGAUUGCCAAUCCAACCCUAAUGCCUGGUGUCGAGAGAUUGGUGACUCAUAUGCGUAAAUGCUGCAUGGGAUUGGGACUGAUAACCUCGUGCCCGGAGUCAAUGUAUUGCACUAAAAUCCGUGAUAGGGAAGACUUCUUUGACAACUUCACAACGGUGGUUUGUGCAGAUGAUCCGGAAUUAAAGGCCCAGAAACCGGAACCGGAUAUUUACCUCAUUGCCUUGUCACGAUUGGGCGAUGCUGGACCCGAUUGUACCCUGGUUUUCGAAGGCACGCCAAAGGGAGUCCAGGCAGCUACGGAUGCCCGUCUGCCAGUUGUAAUGUUGGCCGAAAAGGAGCUGCCCUGCUGUUGGUCAGAGUUGGCCACUUUGCGGCUGGAAACUCUGGAGGAAUUCGUUCCAGAGGAUUUCAAUAUGUCACCGUACAGUUGCACAGAGCCACCUCCUAGGAAAUCCAAGACAAGUCGUCGUGGCUCUCAACAAUCUGGAGGAAGUCGUCGGAGCUCUGAAGCCAGAAGAAAAGCUGCUGAGGAUGCGGAGGCCGAUGAGGGAGAGGAGGAGGAAACCGAAGGCGAGGAUGCUGCGUAGAUAAAAUUUAGCAAAUUAUUGUAAUUGGUGGAUUUUAUUGUCUUGGAAAUAGUAUAAAUUAAAUCAGAUAAUAUUUUUAUAUAAAUAACAAAUACAAAUUGCAGAUUUUA